AUGACCUGCACACAUAUUGAAACCACUCGAUUCUCUCCACCUACAGCAUUGACACAGGUGUACAAGGAAGAAUGUACUCUUUGCUUUGAUUCACAGGAUGGGCCCGAAGGCAUCGACGUUUGCUUGACAUGCUUCAACGGUGGUUGCGUGGAUCCAGAACGUAAACAUGCACAGCUGCACCAUGAUAAGACUGGUCAUCCUUUGGUCGUCAAUAUCCGCCGUAUUCCUAUUGACAAGGUGAAACGCCCUGAUGAUGGAACGCCACCUCCACAAAAGAUCAGCAAGUUGGCCAUUGUACCUGAAGAACAAGAACAGCAAUAUGAACAUGUCCUCAAAGUCCGCUGUUAUGCAUGUCAAGGUGCUGAAUCAGCCAAGGAUUGCACACCCGAGAUUUCUUCCAUUGUGGAUGCCGUCAUGUCAUCAUUAUCUUCAUCCAAGCAAUCCGAAGUCAAGGCAUGGGAGGAAGAAAUCACGCCUUGUGAACACACCCUUUGUCUCCAACAAGAUGCACCCCGCAAAUUGGAACAGCAAACACUUGCCCAUUGUGCCAAUUGUGACCUCAAAGAGAACUUGUGGCUCUGCUUGACUUGUGGUAAUCUCGGCUGUGGUCGUCGACAAUACGAUGGAUCGGGUGGCAACAAUCAUGCAUUGGAACAUUUCGAAGCGACUGGACAUGGUGUGUCAUGUAAAUUGGGAACCAUCACGCCUGAAGGCACUGCAGAUAUCUAUUGCUACAUUUGCAAUGAUCCUAAGCUCGACAAUGAUCUAUCAACUCACUUGGCCAAUUGGGGUAUCAAUGUGUCUCAACAACUCAAGACUGAAAAGAGCAUGACCGAAUUGCAACUGGAACAAAACCUCAAGUUUGAUUUCAGCAUGACCACUGAGGAUGGCAAGCAUCUCGAACCCAAGUUUGGCCCUGGAUACACUGGUUUGAAGAAUUUGGGCAAUAGCUGCUACAUGGCAUCCGUCCUUCAAUCCGUGUUUGAUACGAAGGAUUUCCAAGAUCGCUACUCUCAGCAACUUGCCGAUCAUGCAUUAACGUGUGUCAACGAACCUGCAUUAUGCUGGCAUUGCCAAUUGCAUAAAUUGGCUGAUGGUUUGCUUUCUGGACGCUAUUCACAACCCAAUCCACGCAAAUCAGAGGAUCAAGUACCAUCCCAAGACGGCAUUGCACCAUCCAUGUUCAAAGCUUUGGUCGGCAAAGGUCACGAGGAAUUCUCCACCAUGCGACAACAAGAUGCAUUUGAAUUUUUCCAGUACCUUGUCAAGCAAAUCACACAAAAGGAACGCGCUGCCAAGGCCAUGAACCCUACACAGCAAUUUGAAUUUGAAGUCGAGCAACGCUUGCAAUGUGGCAAAUGCCACAAAGUGCGAUAUCAGACCGAUGCCACCAACAGCAUCUCCGUGAGCGUCCCUGCACGUCCAAAGAGCACAGAGGCUGAAGAAACAUUGUACGAGCCCGUGGAAAUCUAUGAAUGUUUGGAUUUGUUUAUUGCGGAUGAGGCUGUGGAAGGAUACAAUUGCCCAAGCUGUAAUGAAAAGACCACUGCACACAAGUCUGUCAAAUUCAAGACCUUCCCUGAAAUGUUGGUGCUUCACGCAAGACGAUUUGCAUUUGUUGAUUGGGUGCCUCGAAAAUUGAAUAUUGAGAUCAAGUUCCCUGAUGGUCCGCUUCAAUUGGAUAAGUACAUGAGCCAAGGACAACAGCCAGGUGAAGAACUUUUGCCCGAGGAACCUAAAGCUUCUGCCGAACCAUCUGUGGAUGAAGCCGCUGUGGAGCAAUUGAUGGCUAUGGGAUUCCCAAGAAACCGUUGUAUGCGUGCAUUGAUCAAUACCGGAAACAAUGGUGCCGAGGUUGCCAUGAAUUGGCUCUUUGAACACAUGGAGGAUCCUGGUAUCGACGAUCCCAUCGAAGCUUCAGGUGAUUCGGGUGCUGUAUCAGAAGAACAAAUCAGCUUGCUUUGUGGCAUGGGCUUUUCAGCACAACAAGCAAAGAAAGCUUUAAAGGAGACGAACAAUGAUCCUGAACGAGCCGUUGAUUGGUUGUUUAGCCAUCCUGACGAAACAGGCGAAGAAGACGAUUCUGCAGCUGCAGCAGCUACUACGGGCACUCCUGGAGAUAGCAACCCUCCUUUCAACUACAGUUUACGAUCAUUUGUAUCACACAAAGGCACUUCGGUGCAUUGUGGUCAUUAUGUCGCUCACGUGCUCAAGAACGGUGAAUGGGUAUUAUUCAACGACAACAAAGUGGCUGCAUCACCAAAACCACCAGUGGGAGAGGCCUAUGUGUAUUUCUUGCAACGUACGAGAUGA